AUGGAGGAGCUUGAGGUAAAUAUCAUCAGAUUUGGGAGCAGUUCGUUUCGUCUUCUUGACCUUACCUCCGGCGACCAGAUCGAUACCCUAUCAUAUGAAAAUUACCAAACAACAGUUUAUGAUCGAAUGAGAGCUAGAGAAAGAAAUGGUGAAGGCGUUGUAAGGUUCAUCGGCGAAAGUACCAUUGCUGCUGCUGCUGCUGCUCAACGCCGCGCCUGCUGA